AUAGUUAUUAUGAUCUCUUUCGUAAAGGAAUGUGGUGAUUAUGAUAAUUAUGCUAUACAUAUGUAAUAUUGUAGAAAAGAAUUAAGGAUGCUGAAGAAUACUUUAAAAGAGACCAAUGUGUAAAUAACAGAAUGUGCUUAAGGCAAUUUACAUAUUAAACAAGUAUUCAAUGAUAAAUAAGUUUAUACGGGACGAGGAUAUGAUAAAAAUUUGGAGACGAAAGAAAUGGAUAGUUCCUGUAACUGUUACAUGUUGUCUUUGUUGUUAUAUACUGCUCAUAAUUCACGUAUUUGGUGAAAAUGAAAUCGUCCUGGGGUCAGGUAAACCCAUUGAUAUUCGGGAUGUUAAACCUUUUGAACCUGUCCUUGAUGAAGAUUUCCCUACAAUAUCUGGCAGAUACCCGAGAAUACCUAAAAUCAUCCAUCAAACAUGGAAGGACGUUAUAAUACCGGCAGCAUUUCAUGAGAAUGUACGGUCAUUUGUGACGCUGAAUCCAGAUUUUGAGUACUAUUUUUGGACUGAUGCAUCUGCCAGGGAGCUGCUGGUGGAGAGAUACCCAGAACUUCUGUACACGUAUGAUAACUACGUGGAACCUGUUAGAAAGGCAGACUUGCUCAGGUACGUUGUUUUGCAUGAAUUUGGUGGAGUAUACGCCGAUUUGGACACCAUUUGUCUUCGUUACCUUGGCCGCGUUCUUAACAAAUACUCAUGCGUUAUCUCACCUGAACCGUAUGAACACGCUUCUCUCAUAUACAACUCUAUGUUCAUGGUUACCAACUCUAUCAUGUUUUGUAGACAACACCAUCCAUUCCUACGAAAACUUAUGUAUGAACUGCCCAGUUUUAGUCAUUUCAGCCAAGACAUUGAUGCUUCAGGGCCCAACUUUUUAUCGUAUCAACUGAACAAUUAUAGAAAAGAAUUAAAAGCCAGACACAAAAUAAACGAACUGGAUGAUAAUUACGUGUAUAUCCCAUCAAGUCAAUAUUUUCAAAACGAAAUAGAUCCAGUUCGUUUUAACCAGUUUAGGAAAAUGUGUCGUAAUUUUAUGAAGUUAAACAUUAUUGGAAGACUUGGAUGUGUAUCAUUGAAAAGAAGGGGAAUGGUACAAAGGACUUCAAGUGAAUAUACCUUCACUAAACAUUCAUUCUACCAUACAGGUUACAAGUGGGUGCAGUCAAGUUCUGUAAACAUCACAGAUUUAGUUCCGUAUGUUUCAAUAUUCAAAUCAGUUUAAUUAUGUUUGUUAGGUAUGUUCUCAUCUUCCAAUCAGUUUAAUUCGUAUGUUUCCAUACUUCAAAUCAGUUUGUUUCCGUGUUCAAUAUUUGUUGUAAUAUAUUAAAGCAGCCUGCCUCAAGAUUCAUACUUAUCAUUUUCCUGAAAAGUUUGAAAAUGUCUUAAAAAGUAAAAUAUUUUCAAGUGAACGAAGAAA